CGGCGGCAGCAGCAUUUUCUCCUUCGCAACCUCCGCCAGUCUUUUCAAUCGAAGAAGAAGAAUCAUGGGUUUGGGUUUCGCCGUAGGUGCCCUAGGAAUUUUAAUCCUCUCUCAUUCAGCCUACUCUACCAUUCAAUAUAGGGCUUUUCUUAAAAUAACUGAAGAUGAGUUUUCUGGACCACCCUUGAAUGUUAUAAUUGAGUUGUUACUGGGAUUUGUUUUCUGUAUGUGGUCAUCUCUUGAUGUUCCAAACAAGUUUCUAUCUGUACUUCCUGAUUCUGAAGAGAACAGGAUUGUUCUUUUACCUGAAAAUUUGGACUUUAUGAUCUUCAACCAUCGAGGGAAGAUGUUCCCAUCCAAUGUUAUCAUGAAAUGAUCAAAAAGAGGAUUUUUUUAUCAUCAUCAUAUGAUUUGAAGACUUAGAAUUUAAUUUUUUUCAUAAGUGGGGUUAAAAUAAUCUGCAUUUUAGUUACAGCUAUUCUUACAAUUCUUUAGGCUCUUUGGAGGAGCAUGGUAUCAUGUAAGUUGAAUUCCAUUGACUGUUUUGGGAAAUUGACAUACACAAAAAAUGAAAUAAGUAGUUUCAUAUA